AUGUCCGCUCGAUCAGCUGAGGAAGCACUUAUACAUUUGCCAACGCAAGUAUCGACAGAAGAGGGUGAACGAAAAGCCAAAGAGCUGAAUGUUAUGUUCAUUGAAACAUCUGCAAAAGCUGGUUAUAAUGUGAAGCAGCUUUUUCGGCGCAUUGCUGGAGCACUACCAGGUAUCGAGCCUGAUCAGAGGGACAAACAUGACAUGCAAGAAGUGAAAUUAAGCGAUGCGCCCAUUCGACAGGUGCAAAUGCAAGAAUCUGGUUGCUGGUGUUGA